AUGGUCCACGCAGAACUUGAUCGGCUCCAAGCAUGUUUGAAUUUCGCACUCGAUACCCUCCGCAAGGAGAUGGACAAGUCUCAGCUUCCUCCCCUGAGCCAACACAGCUUAGUAGAACACCCAUUGGACGACCCAACAACCUACCUACCAAGCACGGCGUUGUUUGAAGCUCGGCGCCUCUCUCUAGCAUGCCUGGGUGAACUAAAGGACCUUGUACAGACGCCUUUGGAUAAGCGCAUGGAUGAGAGGUACACCGCGUAUGCCGCUGUCUGCACUGAUACCCUCAUCAAGACCGGUAUCAUCGAUUACCUGUCUGACGUGCCAAACUCCUCUCAAGGUGUCCCAGCCGCUGAACUGGCCUCCAGAUUUGAACUUGAUUCUCAAAAGCUCGUUCCCAUUCUCCGCUGCUUUGCAGCCAACGGUUGGGCUAGGGAGACCUGUGAUUAUUCAUUUGCUUUGAACAGAUGCUCGCGCUCUUUCAUCAAAGGUCACGCAGGUCGGAGACUGAACCUUUUUAUGCCUGGGUUUAUGUCGAUGGUAGAAUCUAUACCAAGUUGGGUGAUGGAAUCGGAUUGGAAACUAUCGCGUUCUCCAGCGCAGACUCCUUUCCAAAUCGCAUUCAAGACUCCCUUGCACCGAUUCGCCUGGGUUAUGGAGCAUCCACAUGCCCUCAUUCCAAUUGCGGAUCAUCUUCAAGUCCAUGGUGAUAUGUCUACGCCGAGUGUCGUGGCAGACUACCCAUGGAAACAGCUGGAUACACCUAUCAUCGUUGAUUGUGGAGGGGGAAAAGGUGGUCUAGUUUCGGCCAUCCUAGACGCGCAUCCUUCCUUCCAAGCUAUCGUGCAGGACACGGAGAAUGUUGUCGCAUUGACAAGUUCGAUUAUGGAAGAACGCCGCCCUCGUGAUGUUGAAAAUGGUAGACUCAAGGUGGAAGCCCACGACUUUUUCCAGCCUCAACCACGGAUCGGAAACGAUUAUAGCUUUAUCUUGCGUCAUAUAAUACAUGAUUGGCCGGACGACGAAGCGGUCGGUGUUGCGACGAUAUUGGGAAACGUAGCUCGCGCGUUGGGCCCCAAGUCCAAGAUACUCAUCGUCGACAUGGUAGUUGUCCCGAACGUAGAUUCGACUGCCACAACGAACGCCGAAUUGUUCCUACUGGACAGCGAUGUUAAACGCGUCGACUAUAGUGUUCCAUCGCACUUUGGUUCAGCGUCUAAAAUAGUCAACGCGUUCUCGGUGCACAUGCUGACCUUGAUGAACGGUUGCGAGAGGUCUUUGCCUGAGUGGGAGACACUUGUGAAAGGGUGCGGACUCUGUAUCACCAACGUUUACCCGCUGCGAGCUCACACUUCCAUUAUUGAAUGUGCACUUGACACACGAGCAUCACCGUAA